AGCCCAGACACCAGAAGAGGACAGGUCUAGAAAGGAGGUGGGUUCAGGGACUUUCUGGGCCCCACAAUCCAGCUGCUGUCAUCUGCAGCAGAAAAGACCUGCAGACUAAAGAGGGCCUCUCAGAUCUGCUGCCCUGCUCAGCAUCUCAUAGUGGGUAAACAGGGAGAGUGCAGCAUCUGACCAGCUGCUGAGCAGGCUCUGAGAGUUUUUGUGCACCAGGUGGAAUUCCCUUUCCCCAGCCAAUCUCUCCAGAGAAAAUGACCAAGAAGAGAAUUGCCGUGAUUGGAGCAGGUGUGAGUGGGCUCAGCUCGAUCAAAUGUUGCCUGGAAGAAGGUCUAGAACCAGUCUGCUUCGAGAGGACUGAUGACAUUGGAGGGCUCUGGAGGUUUCAGGAGAAUCCAGAAGAAGGAAGGGCCAGUAUUUACAAAUCAGUGAUCAUCAACACCUCCAAGGAAAUGAUGUGUUUCAGUGACUAUCUCAUCCCCGCUGACUUUCCUAACUUCAUGCACAACUCUCAACUCAUGGAGUACUACAGGAUGUAUGCCAAAGAAUUCAACCUUUUAAAGUAUAUUCGUUUCAAGACUGUUGUAUGCAGUGUGAAGAAGCGACCUGAUUUUUCCAAGUCUGGCCAGUGGGACAUAGUCACUGAAUGUAAUGGGAAGCGGGAAGUGGACGUCUUUGAUGGAGUCAUGGUCUGCACUGGCCAUCACACCAAUGCUCACAUGCCCCUGGAGAGCUUCCCUGGGAUAGAGAAGUUCAAAGGUCAAUACUUCCACAGCCGGGACUAUAAGGAUGCACAGGGAUUUGCUGAAAAACGAGUCAUUGUGAUUGGCAUUGGGAAUUCUGGAGGAGAUCUUGCUGUGGAGAUCAGCCACACAGCCAAACAGGUCUUCCUCAGCACGAGGAGAGGUGCAUGGGUCCUAAAUCGUGUGGGAGAUAAUGGAUAUCCUUUUGAUGUUGUCUUCUAUUCCCGGGUUAAAAACUUCAUCUCAAAGUUCUUAAGCCUAUCUGCAAAGAGUUCAUUUAUGGAAAAAAAGAUGAAUGCAAGGUUUGACCAUGCAAUGUAUGGCCUGAAACCUAUGCACAGAGCUCUGAGCCAGCAUCCAACAGUCAAUGACGACCUGCCCAACAGAAUUAUUUCAGGCCGGGUGCGAAUCAAGGGAAAUGUAAAGGAAUUCACAGAGACAGCCGCCAUCUUUGAAGAUGGCACAAAAGAGGAUAACAUUGAUGCCGUUAUCUUUGCUACGGGAUAUAGCUUUGACUUCCCCUUCCUUGAAGACUCUGUCAAAGUGGUCAAGAAUAAGAUUUCCCUGUACAGAAAGGUAUUUCCUCCUAACCUGGAGAAACCAACCCUUGCUAUUAUUGGCUUGAUCCAGCCACUUGGAGCCAUCAUGCCCAUUUCAGAACUCCAAGGUCGCUGGGCCACACAGGUAUUUAAGGGAGUAAAGACUUUGCCUUCCUCGAGUGAAAUGAUGGAAGAGAUCACUAAAACGAGAGAAGAAAUGGCCAAAAGAUAUGUGGAGAGCCCCCGCCACACCAUCCAGACAGACUUCAUGGAAUACAUGGAGGAACUUGCUGAGUUGGUGGGGGUGAGGCCCAACCUGCUGUCCCUGGCCUUCACCGAUCCCAAAUUGGCAUUUCAUAUGUUCUUUGGACCGUGUACCCCGGUCCAGUAUCGUUUGCAGGGCCCAGGGAAGUGGGACGGAGCCCGAAACGCCAUCCUCACAGUGAAUGACCGUAUCCAGAAGCCAAUGAAGACAAGAAUGACAGGAGAAAGUAACCACAGCUCCUCUAUGAUGAUGGUUGCCAAAUGGAUCCUGGCUGUGGCCUUCUUUUCCAUUAUCUUAGCUUAUUUUUAGCACUUGAGCUCUUUAAAGCUACAGCUUUAGUGGGGUAGUGGGAUCCAAAGAUGCCUUCAAAUGCCAAAAGAGAAACGUGUGGAGCUACUUUCCACUCUUCAACUCAGGGCUUUUCUUUUCAACCACGUCCAUAACCUUCACCUCUCUAUUCCCCAUUUCCCCCAUUUUCAUUGGUUCAGUUCCCUUUUUCUUUUUGCUCACCCAAUUCUAAGUUUGACCCAAAACUCCAGAGCAGGGGCCCUGUGUCCACUUCGGCUGAGAUAGCACUGUCAGACAUGAUGCUGGUUGGAGCUCAAGCAAAGUGAUUUGUCCAUAAUACAGUCAGUAACUGUCACGGAGGGCAGUGGUGGAUAGAGCACCAGACCUGGAAUCCGGAAGACUCAUCUUCCUGAGUUUAAGUCUGGCUUCUCACACUUAUUAGCUGCGUAACCCUGGGCAAGUCACUUAACCUUGUUUGCCUUGGUUCCUCAUCUAUAAAAUGAGCUGGAGAAGGAAAUGGCAAACCACUCUAAUAUCACUGCUAAGAAAACCCCAAGCAGGGUCACGAAAAAUCAGACAUGACUGAAAAAUGACUGAAGAACAAUAAACUGUCCAAGGUAUCAAGUGUGACCAUGAAAUUGACAGGGACCAUAGUGACUUGUCUCCUGGAAUUCGUUGAAACCCAAAUAAGAGAUUCAUCUAGAAAUGCUGAUGCCCCUGAGAUUUUGCAAUAAUUUUUCUACAUAUCAGAACUUUUUCCCCUUUCUGAUAGGGUUAUGCCUUAAGAAAGAAGACUUCACUUGGGGGCACAGCUAGGUGGCACAGUGGAUAAAGCACUGGUCCUGAAUUCAGGAGGACCUGAGUUCAAAUCCGGUCUCAGACACUUGACACUUACUAGCUGUAUGACCCUGGGCAAGUCACUUAACCCUCAUUGCCUCCCCCCCCACCAAAAUGACUUCAACAAACUGUUGCUUGAGCCAGCUCAGGCUAAUAACAGUUUCAUUUAACCAGGAUGAAAAUGAAAGACAUUCUGUGAUUAAAAUUAGCCAGUUAAGAGGAGAAUUUAAGACCUCUCUUUACUUCUCUCCCAUUCCGACUCAGAUGUCCUACAUGGUCUCAAGAAAUAGAGAAGUGUGGAUAAAGCACCAGCCCUGGAUUCAGGAGGACCUGAGUUCAAAUCCGGCCUCAGACACUUGACACUUACUAGCUGUGUGACCCUGGACAAGUCACUUAACCCUUACUGCCCCACAAAACAAACAAACAAAAAACCAAAAAAAAAAAAAAAGAAGAAAUAGAGAAGUGAGGUAUAAAUGAGGGAUCCAGAUUUGAUAUAGUCACCAUCACUAGGGAGAAUUCUUAUCAGUGAGCUGGGCUCUCUCUGCCUCACGUAGGAGGUAACUUUCAACGACACAUGGGCCCCCUUUAAGAAAAGAUUUUCUUCCACAUCCCAUCAUGAGUUGAUUUUUUUGUUUGCAACAACUCUUGUGCAAUAUUAUGCAACAUCUGGGAUCAUCGCCCAUCACUGGACUGGGCAAACAAAAAAUACUAUUUGCAGAUGCUGAAGAGGCAACUGUUCCGGAUACUAUUGAAAGGCAGAGUUACAACUUCCUCUUCCAAAUCAGAGCUGGCCUGCCUUUUUAAGACUCUGCCUCUUCCUUGGUCCUUCCUAAUCUCUUUAGAGCAUUUCUCAGUUACCUUGGGUAAUCUUCCAGAAUGACCUUUAGUUUAUUGGUUGAUUUAUAUAAUUGGGAAAUCAAUUGCACCUUAGCUUCGUUUACUGUUCUUCUCCAUUUCAGGAACUAUCUUUUAGGAAGGAAAUUAGCCUGUUUAGCCUGAGGGACAGGAUCCCAUUCCUAUUUUGAACACUAUUAAGAGCUCCUGGUCUAAAGAUUUUCUCCAAAGCAGCAGUUCUCAAAGUGUGAAAGUGUGAUCUGGGCAAUGCUAGACCCUUUCAGGGAGUCUAUGACAUCAAAGCUUUUCUCAUAAUAAAACUAAGACAUUUUAAUUUCUAA